CGAGGACAUGCAGAGCCUGGCCAGCCUGAUGAGUAUGAAGCAGGCCGAUAUCGGCAACCUGGAUGACUUUGAGGAGGAGGACGAGGAGAAUGAGGAGAACAGGGCCAACCAGGAGGAGAAGGCUGCUAAGAUCACAGAGCUGAUCAGUAAGCUGAACUUCCUGGAGGAGGAUCAGGACACGUCCCCUGCCCUCUGCUCCAAUCCCUUCGAAGAUCCAGCUGAUGAUGUUGGUGACCCCUCCCACCUGGAACACACCAAUCACUUCAAUCCAUUCGGUGACCCGGAUGAUGAUGACACAGGGCCCCCCUCCCUCACCCUCCGACAGGACCCAGAGGCCUACUAUGUCCAAGAACCCUCCAACCCUUUCGACGAGGACGAAGUCAGCACACACUCGCACACAGAGUACAACCCGUUUGACGAGCCCGACCAGGACCCAGACCUAGUCCCCGACCCCCAGGGGCCCCAGCAGCCAGAGGCUCCCAAACCCAGGGGGAGGAAGGGGGUCAGGCCGGUGGAUAUGAGCAAGUACCUGUAUGCCGAUACCAACGCGCCUCCAGAGGACCAACUGGAUGAAUCCAACCCGUUCUACGAGCCCCGGACCUCCAGCCCAUCCCGGCCCUCCGGGGGCCCCUCUCCAGACUUCAGUAACCAGAAGAGGAGAGCCCCGCUGCCUCCCAGACCUCCAGGUCCCAGCCUCUCGGCCCCCAACACCUCCAGGGAGGGGGCAGAGAGGGAGAGAUUCAUGGCCAGUGGACCCAGUGCCGUGGCAGCUGUGGUGGGGCGAGAGCUGGCCUCCUCCUCCCCGAAGGUAAGACUCUUUGAAGAGGGUAGUGGCACUAGAGCAGUGGUAUUAAAGAAGUGUGUGUGUGCGUGUGUGUGUGUGUGUGGUUGUUCACAAAGUGUGUGUGUGUGUGUGUGCGUGUGUGUGUGUGGUUGUUCACAAAGUGUGUGUGGUUGUGUAUGCAUGUGCCUCCGUGUGUGUCCAGUCACCUCCAACCUCCUCAUCUGAAUAUAGCUAUUAGUUUAUUGGUCUGUUUGUCUGUUUAUUUAUUUAUUUAAAUUCUUCAUUUCUGCUGGUUGUAAUUAAACGGCUGGUGGUCACACACACAUGAUGA